AAGCACAACACUCCGCCGUGCGCGCUCGUGCUUACAUCACUAUAAUAUCAAACAACUUUUAUUAUCUUACUCAAACGGAUCGUGAACUUAGACGCGAACGCUACGCUUAUACAAUACGUGUGUUUUGUUAAUGUCCGCGGUUUACAACAAUUUUGUGAUAUCUAAUUAUUUUAAUCUCUCGUGCGUAUGAACUGUGUCGGCUGACUGACAGCACUCUGCCGACACGUAUUUGAAGUGAGACGUGGGUUAGCUGCAGGCAGAUUAACAGUGCAGUCAGCGAAUAUUUGAGAGAACUACUUUUGUUGUUAGUGAAGUAAAUCAAAAUGGAAGUAGAGUAUGGUUCUGAUGGUGCUCCAUUCGUGACAUGGGGCGGUAACAAGAUAAUGCUGGAACUGGAUCCGGCAGUUGACGAAGCUGCUAAAGAAGUGGCGAGGAAAGAAUUGAGAGAAACUCCGGAAGUGGUCGAGCAAGCUUUGGCAGAGUUGCGACAGCUUUUAAGAAAGGAACCAUCGCUGUACGUUCCCAUAGACAGAGACGAUUAUCUCCUGAAAUUCCUCAGACCUUGCAAAUUCUACCCUGAAAGUGCCUUUAAAAAGAUACAAGCAUAUUACAAGUUCCGGAUAGCACAUGCUGAUUACUGCCACGACUUGUUGCCAUCGGUAAUUCGCUCGCCAUUUGAACAUUCAAUUGUGUCCAUUUUGGCGCCGCGGGACCAACAUGGACGUCGCAUCGUGCUGGUCGAAUGUGGAGAGAGAUGGAACCCACAAGAAGUAUCCCUUAAAGAAGUGUUCCGAGGCAUCCAAGUGGGUCUUGAAGGAGCGAUGGCAGAGCCAAAGACUCAGAUCUGUGGAGUCAACAGUGUGUUCGACAUGAAGGGCCUGUCAUUCAAACACAUCAUGCAGUUCACGCCUUCUUACGCCAAGAUGGUCUUAGACUGGAUUCAGGAAUCAGUACCAAUCCGCGUAAAGGCAGUCCACAUAAUCAACCAGCCGUACAUUUUCAACAUGCUGUUCGCAAUCUUCAAGCCUUUCAUGAGAGAGAAACUUCGCUCCCGUAUAUACUUCCAUGGAAACAACAUGAACUCAUUAAUGGAACAUAUAGACCCCAAGGCACUUAGGAAAAGGCAUGGAGGUCUUCUACCUGACCCCGAGAUCACUGGCGAUGUCCUAUGGAAGAUGCUACGGCACUACGAGGAAGAAUACAAAUUGGCGAAUUCGUACGGCUACGUGCAGAACGUGAACAACAAUAAAACGUAGAAGUACCUCGGUGCAGUCAUGCAGUACAAAAUACAACUCAUCCGCUCAAAUAUUUAAGUACUCGCGUUACCUAUAAGAAAUGUAAUUCUACACAUUAUUUUAGUUUCUAAGGCAUAGUGAGGUAAUUAAUUGAUAUAAGUAUGGAUCUAAAAAAAAGCCAAGUUGAAUAUCUAGGAAAGUUUUUAUUCUUAUAAUUAUUGAAAAUAAAGUACAAUUAUGGUUGGUGUUAUUAAAUAAGGAACCACUUUUUAAAUAUAAA